AUGGCUGAAACUGUUGAAGACAGGAAGAUAAGAUUGAUCGAAGAUAACUUGCGACAUCGACUCCAACGCGAACGAUGUACAGCAGAAGAGAGACUUUCACGUGCAACGCUGGAUCGAUUGCGUCACCAAAUGUAUCUCAUCGAUGAAACGCAUGAAGAGGCUGAGGCACGGCGGGAAUUCAACAGAGAACAGACUGCCAGCUACAGAGCGGUUGAGAUAGAAGACGAGACAGAAGAAAGACGAGAAGAAAGUCGUAUACGGAUGGAAACACUCCGUGAGGAGCAAGACGAAGACGAAGAAUUACUUCGCGCAAUAAACGCAUUGGAACAUGCAGAGAUUAUGGCUCUUGAAACAGAAGAAGAACGCACUUUCCGCGAACAGUUGUUAGCUGCCCGCAACCGCGAUGGAGUACCGAGAACUCAUCGUGCGGCUUGCAAAAUCUUUGUUACUGAAGAGAGCGUUCCAUUGCAUGAGUGUGGGGAUAUGGAUAUUUUGUGCGGAGAAUGUAAUGCCAUACAUUUCAAGGGUGAGCAACCAACAGACAAGAAAUUUACUCAAUGCUGCGGAAAAGGCAAGGUAAUUCUUCCACCUCCAAAGGAGUGCCCUCAACCGCUGGCUAAACUGUUGCAGAACGACCAUCCAAAGGCUAAAGCGUUCAUGACCAAGAUCCGCAGCUACAACAGCGCACACGCUUUUGCAUCGUUGGGAGCAAAUAUUUCAUCACCAACAGGGCGUGGACCCUAUUGUUUCAGAAUCCACGGUCAAGUGUACCACAACACCACAACCGUCGGUCCUAAUACGAACAAUCCCAAGUACGCCGAUCUUUAUUUCAUUGACGCUGCUCAGGCCAGCGAGUUCAGAUCCAGUUUCUCAUCAAAUGCAGGGUGCUGCAGGAACUUAAUGGAAGAAUUGGACGCAAUGCUUCGAGAAAAGAAUCCAUACGCAGCCAUUUAUAAGAUGAUGCGUCAAGUGCUUGAAGAAGAAUACCGCCGAGCCCAACAUGAGAAUCUCCCGCAUCAAACAGUGGGUAUGAUCAUCAGCAGUGAUCGGAAAAAUCUCGACAAAAGACGUUACAACAGCCCGAUGAUAAACGAGAUUGCAGUAAUUUUCAAAAGCUCUAACGGUGAGCCGCCAGCGAAAAGGGAUAUCCGGGGCCAUCUCUUUAUUCCAGUCGUGGGGAGAAAAUUUAUACAAAUAGACACACAACAACCCAUGUGCGACCCCAUGACUUACCCUUUGCUAUUUCCUAACGGGGACGACGGAUGGCAUGUUAACAUGCCUUAUAGCAGAACCACACGUCGCGAAAGAGAGGAAACAGCAGCGCAAGCAUUGGAUGGGAAUGAAGAGGACGAAUUCAAUUUCCAAAGGCUCAACGAAAUACUGCAGAUGGUAAAUCCACCAUUAGAAGCCGUUGAUGGUAACGACCCGUUAGUGGAAGAACCAGAACCGGAACCAGACGAGCAAAUUGAUAACGACGAAAAUGAUCCACAGCGAUUGAAUCGUGGCGGAGGAAAACGGAAGAGGGUGACGCAGUGUGAAUUUUACAGCUUUCUGAUAUCGAUUAGGAAUUACUUUAACAACGUCUUGGCCGGCGGACCACUCACUCAGCAAUGGUUGGUAGAUUCUUACGUCAAAAUUGAAGCCAACCGCGUGAAGUACAUCCGCGAACAUCAGGCAGAACUUCACGUGGCUCAAUACGAUGGUCUCUUGGACUACAUAAACAAUCGUGCAGAACGAGAAAACUUGACGGUCGGAUCAUUUCACGUUCUACCAUCGAGUUUCAUCGGUAGUCCAAGAGCGAUGAAGCAAGCGUACCAAGAUGCAAUGGCUAUCUGCGGAAAAUUUGGCAAACCCAUAUUUUUCUUGACGUUCACCUGCAACCCCAAGUGGAAAGAGAUCACGGCCAACAUUCCCAGUCAUCUGACGUCGUCUGAUCGACCCGAUAUAGUAGCAAGAGUAUUUCGACAAAAGAUGAUUGAGUUGGUCAACGACAUUGAAAAGCGCCAGGUGUUGGGAUUUGCAACUGCACGGAUACACGUCGUUGAAUUUCAAAAGCGAGGAUUGCCCCACUGCCACAUGCUUAUUUGGAUCGACAAGCGUGACGCCCCCGCUACAGCAGAAGAUGUCGAUGCAACUAUCAGCGCAGAAAUUCCAGAAAGAACUACGCAUCCGAGACUGUAUAAAAUCGUCAUGGCCCACAUGAUUCACGGUCCAUGUGGGUUAAUCAACAAAAAGUCCCCUUGCAUGGACGGAGACCGAUGCUCAAAGUCUUUCCCAAAGCAACACAGCCAAGAGACCAUAGUCAACGACAACGGCUAUCCUACUUAUAGGCGACGAGAUACAGGAGUUGUACAUUACUUGAAACGAGGACAGAUGGAUUUCACAGUGGACAACAGAUGGGUUGUUCCCUACAACCCUUGGUUAUUGCUCAAGUUUGAUUCCCACAUCAACCUCGAAUAUUGCGCUUCCAUCGUCAGCGUCAAGUACAUCUUCAAGUACGUCUACAAAGGGUAUGACUGUCUGAAAAUAGAUCAAAAAGUGGGAACAUAUCAGCUCGAAGACGGGGACAAACCCAGGGUGGAGUGGGACGAAAUAACAUCCCAUCUUGAUACGCGGUACGUCAGCGCCCCAGAAGCUUGUUGGCGAAUAUUCAAGUUUCCACUUUCUGACCGUUCGCACGCCAUCUAUCGCCUGGCCGUCCAUUUGCCUCGAGAACAGCCCGUCUUUUUCCAGCCAGGAAACGAAAUGCAAGCCGCCAUGAAUGCCGCCUCGAGAGAUACCAACCUGACUGCUUACUUCAAGUUGAAUUGCAUCGAUGAAGACGCCCGUCAAUAUUUCUACAGAGAAAUACCCCACCAUUACGUUUUCGUCAAGAAAACCAAUUCGUGGAAACGUCGGGCGAAAAGGGCGAAGAUCAUCGGUCGCCUAUACACGGUUGGCGUACGGCAAGUUGAACGUUAUUGCCUUCGGUUGCUUCUCAUCAACGUCAAGGGGCCAACGAGCUUCGAAGAUCUUCGAACGAUUGACCAGGUUGUCCAUCCUACAUUCAAAGCUGCAGCAAUAGCUUGGAAUUUGUUGGAAGAUGACAUCGCUUGGGCUAGAGCCAUGGAAGAAGCGGCAGCAUUUCAAAUGCCUCUUCAGCUGAGGCAGCUCUUUGUCGACAUUUGCCUCUUCUGCAAUCCCUCUGACGCUCUGCAUCUCUUUGAAACCAACCUGACCCAUCUGAUGGAAGACUUCAUAAACAGCGGACUCGAAGUCAACGUGGCCAAGAAUUUGACGUUGAAAUGGAUUCAGGAUAAGUUACGUCUCCACAAUCAGACCAUGGAAGAUCUCUCCUUGCCUAUUCCUGAUUUCUAUCUGAUAAACCAAAUGAUCGAUGUUCAGAUAGAAGAAAACAACGAAAACACUCGAACAGAAAAGAGAAUGAUUGGCGAAAUGCUGCUGGCUCAACUCAACGACGGGCAACGCGCUGCCUUUAAUCAAAUAAUGGCUGCCGUUAACGAUGUCGACAACUUACAUCCGCGACAGUAUUUUCUGGAUGGUCCUGGAGGAACGGGAAAGACUUUUCUCUACAACACCCUCAUAACCGUCCUACAAGGCCAAGGAAAGCAAGUCAUCGCAGUGGCUUCAACAGGGAUCGCAUCGACUUUGUUGCUAGACGGGUCAACUUACCAUUCUCAAUUUAAGAUUUACCCUCCAAUAACAGAGACGACAAGGUCGAAAAUCGAAGAAGGAAGCUACAGUGCGCAAAUGAUCAGGAACGCCAGCCUUAUAAUUUCGGACGAAGCUACCAUGAAAACCAACCACGCCCUCGACGCGCUCAAUCAUCUUUUCCAAACCGUCAUGAAUAAUGGUGUUGAACCCUAUGGUGGUAAAGUUCUCUUGCUCGGUGGGGAUUUUAGGCAGUGCUUGCCCGUUGUGAGACACGGAAACAGAGUCAAAGUCAUGGAAGCGACCAUCAUCAACAACGCUACCUGGCAUCUUUUCCGACAGCUUCGAUUAGUGCAGAACAUGCGCACCGAAGCCAGUAGUCAAGAUUUCGCCGAUUGGCUUAUUCGACUCGGAGACGGAUCCUUGCAACAAACACCGCGACUCAAUGACCCAGAACUCAUCGAAAUUCCGCAAGACUUUCUCAACAUUCGAACAACUUUGAUCGAACACGUAUUUGGAAAUCCAUCGGAUCUCUUAAACGAAGGCGUGACUGAACAAAUUUGUAACCGAGCUAUCUUAUGCCCCAAGAACGAAGAUUGUCUCAGGAUCAACGACAAGAUUAUUGGAGAGAUGCCUGGCGCACUUAAAGUCUGCAAAAGUAUUGACACCAUCGAUUCAGAGGACCCAGAAGAAAUAUCCAACUACCCUCCAGAAAUUUUAAACACCUUCAACGUGUCUGGGUUACCUACGCACCAACUCAAACUGAAAAUAGGAGCUAUCGUCAUUCUCCUAAAGAACAUUGACUCGCGACAGGGACUUUGUAACGGCACGAGGCUCAUCCUCAAGGCACUCCGCGAGAACCUCAUUGUAGCAGAAAUCGCGGCCGGGAAACACAAAGGGCACAAUGUCUUCCUCCCACGGAUGUCCAUGUCUCCCACCGACUCUGACUUGCCCUUCAAACUCAAGAGGUUGCAGUUCCCUGUACUUGUGGCUUUUGCCAUGACCAUAAACAAGUCGCAGGGACAGACCUUCGACCGAGUUGGGAUCUACCUUCCGAAAGCCGUUUUUAGCCAUGGACAGCUUUACGUUGCAUUCUCGCGGGCGACGUCAAGACAAGGUGUCAAGGUUCAGUGCGAAGAAACCGAGAAACAAGGCAAACUGCUUAGAAAUCUUCCGCAUUCUACGGCAGAAGAGAAAAACAAGGUAUUCACCAAAAACGUUGUUUACAAGGAAGUUCUUCUUUAG